AUGGAUAUUCCCAGCACAGCCCAAUACUUUUUAGAAUGUGAUAUUCAAGAAUGUGAAAGAAACUGCGAGUUCUAUUGCAACCCUUGUCAUCAAAGAUUGUGCAAACAAUACAGAGAUGAACAUCUGAAAAGUCUAGAAACCCAAAUUCAUGAGGUUGUCCUUUACCAGCGACGUAGACGACAACUUCCUGUGGAGAAAUGCAAGAUCCACCCCACUAAAGAUGUGGACAUGUUCUGUGAAGAAUGCCUAGUUCCAUUAUGUUCUAGAUGUGCUACAAAGGGAAACCACCAAUUUGUUGAUCUUGAAACGGUCUAA